AUGGCACCGAACAUCGAGCUCCUCACGUCCGCAACACCCAACGGCCAAAAAAUAUCCAUCUUCCUCGAAGAACUCGGCAUCUCGUACACGACAACAUCAAUCGACCUCGGCGCCGACGACCAGAAGAAACCCGACUUCCUCAAGAUCAACCCCAAUGGCCGCAUCCCCGCCAUCGUCGACCACUCGCGCAACGACUUCCCCGUCUUCGAAUCCGGAGCCAUAUUCCUCUAUCUAGCGGAGCACUACGACCAGGACUUUGCAUUCUCGUUCCAAGACGCAGACGAGAAGAGCGAGAUGCUGCAGUGGCUGUUUUUCCAGAACGCAGGCGUGGGGCCUAUUCAGGGCCAGGCGAAUCACUUCUACCGCUACGCGCCCGAGAAGAUACAGUACGGUGUCGACCGCUACCAGAACGAGACGAAGCGGCUCUACUCGGUCCUCGAGGAGCGGCUGGACGGUAGAGAGUACCUGGUCGGCGCGAACGGUGGGAAAUAUAGUAUUGCGGAUAUGAGCACGUUCACGUGGGUGCGCUGGGGACCGUGGGCCGGGGUGGAUUUGGAGCAAUUUCCGAGGCUGAAGAAGUGGAGUGAGGGGAUUGAGGAGAGGGAGGCGGUCAGGAGGGGAUUGCGCGUGCCGAGUGGAGAGGAUCAGAUUGUUAAGCUAAGGAGGGAUCCGAAUGUUGACGAUCCAUUUAAAGGGUGGGUUAUGAAGGGGCAGAAUGAAAUCAAGAAGAAGCAUGGGAAGUGA